GGCCUCCGCUCGCGGCUGAGCUGAGAAUUCCCUCCGUCGCUGAUGGCGGGCGUUCUCAUCCGCUGCGCCGUCUUCUCUCCUCCUCCUCGCUUCGCCACAGCCGCCGCGUCUCCGUCGCAGCCAUCGCCGCCGCAGCCUCCUCUCGCCGCCGCCCCUCGCAAACCCUUGAGGCUCGCGAAGCGAAGGAACCACCUCCGCCCCAAAAUCCUCAAAACCCUCCCUAAACCCUACGCCCCCGUCCGAACUCCCGAGGAACUCCCGUCGGACGCCGCCGGCGUCCCGGCCCCGUCCUCCGAAACCCUAACCGACCUCUUCGAAGCGGAGCCUCCGGCAGAAGAGGCUCCUCAGGUCACGGAGAGCGUAGCCAUUGGCCCCGAGCACGGCGGCGUCGCCGGGAAAUUGUCGGCCAAGUCCGUGAUAAAGUUCGGCGCUUAUUUGGUAGCGGUUUUCUUGUUCCAGACGAUUUGUGCUGUGUGGGUGUUCGGCAGCAACGGCUCCGAUUCUAAUGGUGAAAGUGAGGAGAGAAUUUCGGUGAACGGGGAGGGGAGGGCGGUGUCGGGAAAGAAGCUCUUGUCGAGAACGAGGAAUGUGGUUUACUUGGAUGAGUCUGACUUGGAGAGGAGGAUUGAGGAGAUAAGCUCGAUGGCCAGGGAGGCGCGGAGGAGCGAGAAGAGGGGGCUGAAGAGGGAUGAUGCAGGGGAUGGCGAAGGCGAUGACGGCAAUGACGAUGAUGAUGGUGAGGCAAUUCCCGACAGCAGGGUGGCUAUUGAGAAGGAAAUUGGUUCUCGGUUGGAUAAGCUGCAAAAGAAAUUGAGACCUGUUCGGAAAUCGCCAGGUCUAAGUGAAAAUGUGCCGCUCGAGGGAGCUAGUAGUUUGAUGUUCAAGAAAAAGUUGAAGUUUAGAAGCCCUUUGGUGGAGAAACCCAGUACUGUUCCGAAGGGGUUUCAGCGGUUACAAGAUAAUGGUAAAACAAAGAAGAAAAGCAAAAAUGAAGUCAAUGGAGAAGGGAAAAAUGGAGGUCUUGAUCACGGUGUUACGGAAUCAUCAAAUGGAGAAAAGUGGGAGGAAUUGGUAGAUGGUAAGGGACAUGGCAGUCUCUCCAACGACAUCAAGCAAGAAGGUGAUGAAACCAUGGUUUUCACGGAGAUGCAGAAUGAUUUGCAUAGCAAUGGGGUAGGUGAAGGGCAAUCUUUUCCUCAAGAGGAUGAAGAAGUCGGAGAUACUCGAAGCAGAACUGGCAUUGUCAAGGAGGCUAGUGGGAAAAGGAAUUCAGUUGGAGGAGCAAACUUGAGAACAACUGGAAAUUCCAGUUUGAAGAGUUCUCGAAGCUUUGGGGAUGAAAAGCAGGAGGCUACAAAAAGAUCGGCCGGUCGAGACAUAAGAAGUGUCAAUGGCACGUUGAAGCGUGAAGAAAUUAAAGCCACAUCAAUGAGCAAGAGAGUCGAGGAUAAGCAAUCAGAUAAAAUUGAAGAGUUUUGGUGGUUGAAGCUUCCUUGUGUAUUUGCUGUUCUUAUGCGUAGAGGCUCUGAUAUGGAAGAAUCAGGUGGAUUUUUUACCUUAAAGACUGAUCCAGAGGACAGUGAUGCUUCUUCCUACAUAGUUGCUUUCGAGGACCAUGCUGAUGCCAACAAUUUCUGCUUCUUGCUGGACUCCUUCUUCGAGGGGCUGGGUGAUUUCAGUGCUGACAUUGUACCUCUAUUGAGAAAAGAACUUCAAGAGGCCGUGAAACAAAAGACCAUGAAAUUGGUGGUUGUAAGGAAGGGGCAGCUUAAGCUUUACGCUGGACAGCCGUUUUCUGAAGUUGAGCUGGCCUUGCAGUCUUUGGUUGAAGAAAGCUUGUCAGAGUGAAUUUAUGUACAUAAACAAUUGGACACAAUGAUUUUCCCAAUUUAUCAUGGAACGUUGCUGAAACAGAGCUUCCAAUUCCAGGAUUUUUUUCUCUUCUGCUGAUUGUGAAUUUGCAAGAUGGCGAGCUCUCCUUCGCCAAUAAUUUCUCCUUCAGCUGAUUGUGCUUUUGAAUUUUGGAAAUCCGAAGGGUCCAAGCACAGUGCGAGCCUUGUCUGGGGCAACUUGAUUUUGAAUAUUCAAAAGCACAUUUCAGCAAGGGGGAGAUUAUUGAGCAAGGAGAUCUCAGCCAUCUCGCAGAUUCACUCCGGUUCGGCAAUGUUCAAUGAUGGAAUGAGAAAAUCACCAUGUCCAAUCACAUAUGGCAAUGUGGCUUGCAGCAUUGGCAUGCUAUAUGGUCUCAUAGGUAUGGCCUGGUUCUAGUUACUAGAUAUUUUCGGUUUUGGGUUUUGCGUGUACACCAGUUGGAAUUCAACAAAUUCAGUUGAGCAGCAAUUCUUCAUCAAA